GCAAAGCCAACUGCUAUUCAAGCGUCGUCGAUGAAACAUUUAUUUAAGGAACACGUGGAGGGCGAGAAGUACAAAGAAUUUCUUCUUGCGAGCGAGACAGGGUCAGGAAAGUCGAUAGCAUACCUCCUCCCAGUAUUGCAGGAUCUCAAACGCACGGAGCACGAACAGUCCAACGCCGUUUCCCACAAUUCAUCUCGCAAACCUUUGAAUCCACGUGCGCUCGUACUUGCGCCUACGCAUGAACUCACUCGCCAACUUGCAGGCUUCGCGAAGAAGUUGUCUCACGUCAUUAAGUUGCGCGUUAUGUGCGCUAGCAAGGCGAACACACCCAGUACGGCCAAGUCUAGUGGAACCGCCUCGAAGAUGAAAGGAAAAUUCGAGGACGCUGGCGCUGCGAGUGACGCCGAGUUCGUCAUCUCAAAAUCUUCCCGUGGGUCAAGACCGGUAGACCUUCUGGUGGGUACACCGAUGAAGCUUCUCGAGAUGGAGCGCGGGAGAGGCUGGAACUGGGAGGAGCGAGCAAGAGAGCGAGCAAUGAGGAUAGGGAAAGCCAAGUCCAAAGAGCACGAAGAUUUAAAGGAAGAAGACGGGGGCAACAAAGAGGCACCACGAGAGUUCUGGGUUGAUGAACCUGAGAUGGGCUUGGAGAGUGUACAGUGGGUGGUUGUAGAUGAGGCAGACGUCCUGUUCGAUCCGGACUUCCAAGAAUCUACUCGCAUGCUUCUAGCUGAUAUUGCUGCAGCGCGUGGUUCGCCUGUUCCAGUAAUCCCUUCCUCGGCUCUAUCCUCGACUCCAGAUUCAGAA